AUGGAGUGUGUAUUCAGAGUCUCAAACAACACUUUCACCGACCCCCAAACCCCAGCCAGUCCCACCGCGUUAGUACACUGGAACAACGCGUCUGAAGACGAGCAACGCGUUCAAGAAGCAAUCUCAACUUUUGUCUAUCUGCCAGGGUACAAAGCACUUAUCUGCAAAGUGCACGGGUACGCAAUCAAUGCCGUCGAAGGUCAUCUCGAAAGCUCCCACCAGGACGUCAGGGGCAAGACCAAGAAGGCCGUCGUGCAACACUUUGUCGGUUACAAUAUCACAAAGGCAGAUCGUAUCGAACCCCCCGAAGCCGACCAACCAGCGAUCGAAUGGCUUAAGGCACCCGUUCUCGGCUACAGCUGCGAAUUCGAGAUGCGGCAGGAUAGCAUCGGUCACGAUCCCGAGACAGCAGCUGAGCACAGGGUCUGUGGUCACAUUUCCAGCAACGACAAGAAGAUUGCAGAGCAUUGUCGCGAUGUCCACGGCUGGAGGUGGAAGCCCGAAGACCGAACGUGCUGGAAAGAGGUAUACGUUCAGUGCUUCUCAGGCGUCGGCGGACGGCAGAAAUGGUUCAUCGUCAAGACACCGGACGAGGCCGAGAGAGAGGCAGCAAGCAUAAGACAGUCGCUCCCGCGAGCCAAGCAGAUCCAGUUCGACGGCAUCAGAGACGACUUCCAGAAGUUGAAAGAGCAGUGGCAGAAAGAGCAGGAGAUACUGGCAGACAAGGUAGAGAAAUGCGAGAACACCGGAUGGUGGAACAAGACGAGAUGGAGAGAGCAUCUCAAGAGGUGCAAUCUCAUCCAUCUCUCGCACGCCAGUCGGCUGCCCGAGAAGGAUGAAGAAGAGUUGCUCAAGGUAGCUGCGGUGAUCGAGAAGAUGGUCGAGAGGGGUGUCUCAGGACUGAGCUCGAUGCCGGAAGGCUUGCGUCGUUGGCUUCGAAGUGCAGAAAUGCACAAGCCAGACGUGAGACCACUGGCCCGAUUGCAGAAUCCAGAGAGUCAAGAACGGUACGUCGGGUACUGGAAGCGAAUGAUUUGUUACUGUCUACGAGUAUGGUGCACUCGCAAUGAAGCCACAGACAGCGAGUCAAGUGGCGAUAGCAGCAACAAUGACGAUACCGGAAGCGACAGCGAUGAGGCAAACAGUGUGCACGAUGCCAACACCAACACCGAUCCCGAUGAUGGCCGCGACGACGACGACGACGCCGACGACAACUCCGACACAGAUCUACAACACGAUCGAGGCAGACGGCAAGCACAAGAUCACAUGCACGAUGCUCGGAGGCUCUUCCCAUGGAACGAUCAACUCGAAAGAGCAUUAGAGGAGGUGUGGAGAUUGAUCGUUCUCGAGGGAGACACAUCAUCCGUAGAAGACGAUCAAAUCCCAGCGACGGUAGAGCUCAGUCGGGUGUUCGCUCUAAUCCACUUCAUGGCUGUAAUGGGCAUCGACGAGACCAACGCUCGGCUACGCGAUGGCAACGACUACUCUUACAUGAUCGCCGGACUGGUGUACGUGUCCAGGAUCGUGGCCGCCGAAGCUCUGCUCCCAUCACUCGACCGCGAAAACCAAGGAGAGGCCGACUUCGAGGCAUUUCUCGAGCAGAGAAAGGAGUUUCUGGCCGAUGGGUCGAUGAGCGUGAUGGGAGAGAUGUUGAGCUUGCUAGCGUACGGAAAGAAGAUCGCAAAGAACUUCCACGCCCAAGGAAAGCUACACUGGACUCACGACGGAGCCGGCGUCGCUCUCGGCAGCAUCGAGUUCACGGUGUACAACUUCAAGUCCAUGGCACGCUCCGCUCUAGACGACUGCGAGGACUACAUGUGGAGAGAUCUCAUGUGGGCAGGCCGCAAGGCAGAUCACUUCGUGUUAGAUCUCGAUGGCAUCACCGACGACAUGACGGUCAAGAAGCGAGGCUGGUACUUCGGCGCCGAUCCGAACCAGGAUCUCGAAGCACAAGGUCUCGACUGGAUGUUGAAGAGGAUGCUAGGCUCGAACCACGGGAAGAAGAUGCGCAGAGGUGACCAGUGGCAGUCGAGACUAGUGGCCAACUAUCUCCGGAGGGUGGACAAGUUCAGGGAGCUGUUCUUGUUCUGCGUGCACGUCUCGAGCGGCCAACCCGCCAGAGGAACCGAGAUCACCAGUCUGCGCUUCCGCAACGGAGUGGCCAACCACCGCAACGUCUUCGUCUUGGACGGCAGAGUGAUGACGGUGACGAGCUACCACAAGUCACAAGCAAUGCUCGACAUGCCCAAGAUGGUACCACGCUUCUUGCCGUGGAGACUAGGUCAGAUCGCGGUCAUCUAUCUCACCCACGUGCGGGCGUUCGCCGAGUUGCUGUCGGUGCAGGUACAGUACGGUCAAGGAUGGAGUGACUAUAUCUGGGCGGACUCGCACGGCCCGUGGGAGACGCAGAAGCUCACCGACACGAUGAAACGAGAGACGGCCAAGCGACUGAAGGCCAAGCUACACACUCAGAGCUACAGACACGCCGCCGUCUUUCUAGGCAGGAGGUUCGUUGGACCAAGGUUCGCUAGAGGCUACCGAGAGGAAGCCGAAGAUCCGGAAGAAGCCCAGGCGGGUGAUAUGGAUGACGAUCUCGAGGAGGGCAACGCGAUCGAGCUGCAGAAAGCCGGCGGGUUCGGCACCGGAGCCGGCAGAUACGCGGUCAGAGCGGACAUCUUGAAGUAUCUCAACCAAGAGUCGAUCGACAUCUUCGGCGAUCUCAGCGAAAGCUGGCACAGGUUUCUCGAGCUCGACCACAGAGAUCCGAAGAGGAAAAGAAAGGCCGAGAGCGGCAACAAAGACGAUGGGAUGCAAAUCGUCGACUUCGAAGGAUUGCAGAAAGAGAGAUUGAUCAAGAGACUGCCCACGGCAAAGGGAGGAGCUAUUGCUGUUGCCGCCACUCCGACGGUGGAUCUCUCACCGUUCUUGCAACAAUCCGAAAGACAGCAGAAGGAGAUCGAAGACUUGCGGAUGAAGCUCAAGGCGCAAGAAUCCGAACUCACGAGACUCCGAGAAGAGGAGCUGCAGCAGCAGCAAGGACGACAGCAGCCCAUGACCCCCAUCGUUGGCUUAGGCAUCUACUCGAACAACGGACUGCCGACCCCGAUGACAGAGGGGAACAGGCACGACUCUCACCACGAUGAUGCCAACGACAAGAACGACAGCAACGAUGUCAUCUACAUCGAUGAUGAUGAUAACAAUAAUGACAACCACGACGAAUCCAGGUACUCUCCAAGGUGCAGCGGCAGGAACUACCAACAACAGUAUCUGCAGCAGCACGUAGAUGACAGUCCGAUCAUCGAACGAAGCCGAAGAAGGCGGGAGAGGCUGCAACGCUACAGAAGACCGACGGCACAGGAAAAGGAGAGGGCUAUACGCAAAGCACUCAAGCAACCCAUGGACGACGACGCGGUGACGAUCAGAUACAGAUCGAAAGCACAAGGAGAAGCGCUCGGGAGAAUCAUGGACGGUGGCUUCAACGUUCUCACCGUCGUUCUGCCGACAGCCGGAGGCAAGACUCUACUCUUUACCGCACCCGCUUGUCUGGAAGAAGACGUCGGGGUGACCAUCGUGGUGGUCCCAUUCCGCAAGCUCAUCGACGAGACGGUCCGAGAAGCACAGAAGACGGUGGGUGACUGUGAAGAGUGGAGCCACAGCACCGUCGAUCCAGCAGCUCUCGUGGUCGUCAGCGUGGACAAGAUGCACGAUCACUUCUGGUCGUACGCACGCCAGAUGGCGGAACAGGGCCGACUGAGACGAGUGGUGGUGGACGAGUGUCACUUGCUAGUGACUUCCCACAGCUGGAGACCGCAUCUCGUCGAGCUAGAGAAGCUUAAGUCACUAGGAGUACCGAUGGUGAUGCUGACGGCCACACUCCCAAGGUACAUGGAGGUCGAGCUACGACGAAGUCUAGGUGUCGGCAUCGGCAUGAUGUCGCUGAUACGAGCAUGCACGGUGCGAGAAAACAUCACUUACACCGUCAGACAGGACAUCAGCAAAGGCAAGCUAGUCGAAGAGACGGCCAGAGUAUGCGAAGAGGUCGCCGACGAGCUGCGCAGCACCAGAAAAGAGAAGGCCGUCGUCUACUGCAGAAGCAAGAAAGACUGCGAGGAGAUGGCGGACAAGCUAGGCUGCGGCUUCUUCUACGCCGGACAUGUCGACGGCGAGGAAACGCUAGAGCAGUGGAAGGCAAACGGUGGCUUCAUCGUGUCGACCACGGCUCUCAGCACCGGACUCAACUACGAGGCUGUAAAGGCGGUCAUCCACUCGGGACUGCCAUACGGACUGAUCGAGUUCGCCCAAGCAUCGGGCAGAGCGGGUAGAGAUCCCAACGAGAGGGUGGACUCGAUCGUACUGCUAGAGCAAGGGUGGGAGGAAGAAGAACAACGGACGCGUGAGCGUCACAACGAGGCACUCGGACCGGACGGAGCAGCGAUGAUCGAGUACAUCAAGACAGAGGGUUGUCGAAGGCCGGUGCUAGGAAGGUAUUUCGAUCCGGCAGACACGAUCAAGGAGUGUCACGACAGCAGCGGCGACAGCGACGACAGCGAGACCGACAGCGACGAGCAGCAGCAGCAGCAGCAGCAUCACGCCCCCCGCAAGGCUCCGUGCGACAGGUGCGGAGGUGGAAUGAUAGCUGCAGGCACAGAGCUAGUCAGACAGUCCGAGCUCGAAAAGGAGAUGGUCGAAGAGGCUCUAGACGAGAUGAAACUCGGCUGUCCGAUAUGUUGGAUGAAGUCGGAAGCGAAAGACUCACAUCUCGAGCACGGUGGCCAGGAAUGUGAGAGUCGAGAGCUGACGGUGACAGACGAAGCCGACGAAACGACAAUCACCGACGCUGACACGUUCCGGAAACAGAUCAAGUAUGCGAAAGCGAGCAAGGCUUGCAGGAAGUGUGGAAUCAACCAGAGGAUGUGCAACACAAGGGAAGCCGCCAGACGAAAAUGCCAGUGGCCCGGCAUAGCAGUACCGGUGUUGAUGACAGCAGUUCGAGAUCCGAUCGGGAGAAACAUCAUUCGAAAAGCCGGCUUCGAACCAAAGCGAGUGGUAGAGGAGGAAAAGGAAGGGUGGAAGGCUUACGCGUUGUGGUGCGGACAGGCUAGGGACAGGAGGAUAUGGGGAGAGAUGAUGAGCAAUUCGAUAUGGGUGGUGAAGGAAUUUCUGGUGUACAAGAGUGGAGAGAGGAUGAGGCAGUUCGAUGAUGAUGGGAAAGACAAGCAGGCCGACGACACAGACUCUUUCGUGGACAUGGACAUAGAUGAUGACGACUUCAUUCUAGUGGAUUCUGGGAUCACGGAGACCACUACAGCAGGAGUAGCAGCGGCGACACAAGCAGACCGACCACAAGACCGACAAGAGGAAGAAGUAGAACAGCAACAGCAACAGCAACAGCAACAGCAACAACGACAGGAAGAUGACAGCUUGGAUGCCCGCAAUACCGCUGUGGAGAGACUGGAACAAAGCGGAAAGAUCCCCAGG